GGCCCCUGGGGCAGCAGCAGAGGAGCUUGUGGCCCUGGGGGCCGCAGCAGAGGAGCUUGUGGCUCCUGGGGGCCGCAGCAGCAGCAGCAGCUAACGACCGUUAGCUUUGUUUACAGCGGAGCCUCGACCCUCCCCCACCCGGCUCAGCGGCUCCUCCUCCACCGGCUAACCCGCUAGCUGUAGCCGCUGCUGCAGGAAGAGCCGCCGCAAAUCCGCCUCCUCUGGAUUAACGUCGAGUUUAAAAGCAGCCGGUGGACGGACCGUCAUCAGAAGCCGGACACCGCCUGUACGUGACGCUCCUGCGGCGGGUUAGCGACGGGAUGGCCAGCUAGCUGCUAGCUAACGAUCCGGUUAGCUCCAGGAGCCGGGGGCAGGAGCUCCGGCGACGGGCGUCUCAUCUCGGGCUGUUUCCCCGCGGAACCGUCGCUGAUUGACCCGCGCUCGGUUUGAUGGAACCGGGUCAUGCUGACUGAAGGGCCGUGUUUCCCCCGAGCUUAGCCGCGCAGCAGCAGCUUGGUGCCGCCCAGACGAAGUGGACUGUUUCGGUGGGAGCGGAGGAUGGCGUUCCACGGAGCGGGCCGCCAGGCCGUGUGCGGGGACCUGUUUCCGGGCUCUGAGCUGGGCCACAAGUAUUUCUGUGUGAACUCCUCCUGCGGGGCCCCGUCCACGGGCCUCAGCGCCACCCCGUGCCUGACCGGACCCACGGCCCCGGCCGGGACCCCUCGUCACCCCACAGCUCUCGGAGGAAGCGCCGGCGGCGGAGCGGCGGUGCCUCAGCCCUACAGCAACCCGGCCAGCGAGGUGCCCAGCCCCGCAGAGAUGGAGCCCGACCGCCCCAUCGGCUAUGGCGCAUUUGGUGUCGUGUGGUCAGUGACUGAUCCCCGUGAUGGUCGGAAAGUGGCUCUGAAGAAGAUGCCCAACGUCUUCCAGAACCUGGUCUCCUGUAAGAGGGUCUUCAGAGAGCUGCGGAUGCUGUGCUUCUUCAAACACGACAACGUUCUGUCGGCUCUGGAUAUUUUGCAGCCUCCGCAAAUCGACUGCUUCGAGGAAAUCUACGUGAUAACAGAGCUGAUGCAGAGCGACCUCCACAAAGUGAUCGUGUCUCCUCAGCCUCUCACCACCGACCACAUCAAGGUCUUCCUCUACCAGAUCCUCCGAGGUUUGAAGUAUCUGCACUCUGCUGGGAUCCUGCACAGAGACAUCAAACCUGGAAACCUGCUGGUCAACAGCAACUGUCUGCUCAAGAUUUGUGAUUUCGGGUUAGCUCGCGUGGAGGAGCCCGACCCGUCGCGUCACAUGACGCAGGAGGUGGUGACUCAGUACUACCGAGCGCCCGAGGUGCUGAUGGGCUGCCGACACUACGGCUCGGCCAUCGACGUCUGGUCGGUGGGCUGCAUCUUCGCAGAGCUGCUGGGACGACGUAUCCUCUUCCAGGCUCAGAGCCCGAUCCAGCAGUUGGACCUGAUCACCGACCUGCUGGGGACCCCCCCUCUGUCGGCCCUGGCGUCAGCCUGUGAAGGAGCCAGAGCUCACAUCUUGAGGGGGCCGCACAAACCGCCGUCGCUGUCGGUGCUCUACAUGCUGUCCGACGGGGCCACGCACGAGGCCGUGCACCUGCUCUGCCGCAUGUUGGUCUUUGAUCCGGCUAAAAGGAUUUCCGGCAGCGACGCCCUCUCCCACCCGUACCUGGACGAAGGGCGUCUGCGUUACCACACCUGCAUGUGUCAGUGCUGCUACUCGGUUCCAAGCGGGCGGGUUUACACCCGAGACUUUGAGCCAGUCGCCGAGCGACCGUUCAGCCACAGCUACGAGAACAGUCUGCUGUCAGUGUGGCAGGGGAAAGAGUUAAUCCACCGCUUCAUCACGGAGCACCAGCAGGGCAAACGUGUGCCGCUGUGCAUCAACCCUCAGAGCGCCGCGUUCAAGACUUUCAUCAGGUCGACCGCGUGGCACUCGUCCAAGGUGUCGAGGAAGGAGGAGAGAUGAGCGCUCCUCUUCGGCUCCGGAGGCAGCGACGGCAGUUUGAGAAAAGAUUCCAUCAGCAGUGGCGAAGGUCCCCCCUUCUUUUAAAAAAAAAAUAUUUGUGAAUAUGACAAGAUGAAGAGGAGAAACCGACCGAACCACCUCCUGAAAAUCCUCCAUUGUUUUCCCCCUGAAUUUGAAAACUAGUGUUGAACUCACCGUGUUUCCGGUGCUGGAAAGAAAAAGAUUUUAAAAAAGUGCUGCUGACGUGUUUCGGAGGAAUAAGAAAGAGGAAGAGAAAUGAACUUCGGUACCGUUCGUUAAGGAAUAACUAUUUUAAUUGUUUGGUAGAAUUGUUGCUUAGUUGAUUUUUAUUUUUAUUUAUUUAUUUUUUUUUUGAAAGUCAUUCCAGCCUCGUGCAGUUCAGUUUAAAAACCACGCAGGAAACUGGCGCUCGGAGCCGAACCGACUCAUCGUGAGGACGUCGCCCAUCGUCACCUUUUCUUUCACUGCAUUUGAACACAUCACUCACUGUGUUUCCUCCGCUCGUCGCCAGCGUGCGCUCGCACAGCGGCAACAAUGCAAUUUAACGGAUGUAGCAGGUUCUAACCACAGUUCCAGAUUUUUCUCAUCGUUUUUCUUGUGGCUUCUUUUCCUCACGGCGACUUUUGGUCCUGGAUCAGACACAUUCAGCAGAGAGAAAUAAGAGUUUGUUGGUGACACACACACACACACACACACACACACACACACACGUAGGAAACAGGAAUUCAUUCCCCCGUUUUUUUUCCAAGCAAACUUUUAUUUUGAAAUUAGUGUUUUAAUCGUCUCAAACGGUGUUUCGCCAAAACGUCAGAUGUUUGGCUUUAUUUUUUCUCGCCUCAACAUGUAUUAUGGAAUCACCAACACGUGAACUCACCAACACGUGUCACGUUUCCUGCUGACCACCAGCGGAGAGAAAGAGGAAGUGACAACGGCGAUGAUUUAUCUUUUUGUGUAAAUUUCUUAAUUUAUUGAGUGUCUGUUGAAGAGUGUGAGUCUCCACCCGCUUGCUCUCGGUUACCUCAAACUCUGGAGGAACACAAACUGAAGGCUGAGGACCCCGGGGGUGCACGUGGGAUGCUUAUCUCCAGAGUGACCCCUCCCAUCACAUCUUUUCCGCCAUUCCUCUGGAUUCUUUUACCUCGUGCUCGCUCCCCGUCUCUGGCCCCGCUCCUCAGAAUGCUGAGGUUUUGAAAGAAGGACGUCGUUGGUGAAAUGCUGCUGUUUUUCUUUGGUUCAUGGUUUUACUUCCUGUUCAGUUUCAGGCUCAGGUGUCCGAUCGUCAGCUGUGACGUGUGAGGACGCACCAGUAUUGAUCCAGGAUGAUCAGAGAUUAACGGUGUCAGGUUCGACUCUGUAAGAAGAAGAGUCGACGCUGUUAUCUGAGGAGGCUUUUAUUUUCUGCUUCCGAUCAUUUGUGAAUGACGACCUGUUGAUUACCUGACGACAGUUUGUUUUUCCAGCUCAUUGGUUUCACUUGAUUGAAGACGAACGUUCAGAGACGUGAAGCUCUGCUGCAGUUUGAUGCUGAAGCUUCUCGGCCGACAGCUUCUCAUCAUUCGCUUUCAUCUUCAGUGAGAAACGUAAAGACUGAACCACCUGCAGCACAUUCACGCCUCUGAACGAUCAUGAAAAUAUAACAGUGAUGUCAUGAUGGAAAAGACAAAAUAUAUAUAAAUUUGAUGUAAAACAGGAAGCGUGUGAAACCAUCAGCUGGUUCCAUGUGGCCCCGGGACGUUUGGGCCCUUUGACUGCAGGAACUUUGCCAGGAACCUUUUCAGGAUCUCAGGAACUUAAACAGAAACGGGUCGACUCGUGCCAGACGCUGUCGACACCGAGCCGUCAGCGGUUCAUGUCGUCCGCUCUUUGGUUCGUUGUGUUCGGAUCAGCUGAGACGUGAAGGAACCUUCAGCUCCUGCUUCAGUUCCUGUGGCUCCUCGGUUCCUGCAGCGAGUUUCGAGAAGCUCUGGUUAAACUUCAUCAGAAUUGGAUUGUUUAAAUUUAUUUAGUUGUACAUACCCUGAACCUCCAGCAGGCGGGGCCCCUGAGGGCCUCCUCCUCCCGACGCGUCCACGUCGGCCCCUGACGGGCUCCAGAUGUUGAACCCUGAAACCUCAGCUCCUCCACAGGAACAUCUCUGAAGACACGAGACGACUUGUAAAUCUGCAUGUGUAUAUUUAUCGGCGGAGAGCGUUUGGGCUUGAAUGCUGUGCAAUGGUUGAGUUUGUCGACGACGGAAACGUACAUUUUGUGGUAAUUUUAAUUUAAGUCAUCUUUAGGGAGUGAUUUUAUUAGAAGUUUUUUUGUUUUUGUUUGUUGUGAUCUAAUUAGACUUUUUAACGAGUCCAGAGUCGAGAACGUUUUGAUGAAGUUUUACAGAAACGUCCCGACGGUUUGAUGCAGAAACGUUUUUGAUUCACGAUACGAUUGAAAUGUUUCUGCUGGAAAUAAACGUGUCGGUGACGUUAUUGGUGCCAGAUUUAAUCAAUAUUCAUUUUAUGAUCCUUUUUUACUAAUUGACGUGAUUGCUUUUUUAAAAAUUUUUUUUUAAAUCCCUUGAUUUAUUUAUUCUUUUUUAGCCCUCAACACUCCGCUGUAGCUUUGAUUGACACUUUAAAGUUUUUCAUAGUUCAUAUAUCGAUCAUCUCUGGCUGAUGCCACGUUUCGGCAGAAUCUUGAACAGAUCCUCAGAUGUGGUUUAUCGCAGUUUAACGAAGGCUGCAGCUCAAAAAAAAUGUAAAUCCUUGAUUCUGCAAAUUAUUUUUUACAUAAAAAGUCAGAUAAUAUUGAGAAGUAUCAGUUACAGUAGAUGCUCAGUUUACUCAAUUUAUUACACGUUCACGAAGCUGCAGAUUAAGACGUGACUAAAACCUGGACACUUGAUGAAGAUGGUGAUGAAAACAGAGGAAGAGAAACUAUCAGAGUUUCAGAUGUUUGAAAAGUAACUGACAACCACGAAUCAAAGGACGAACGAAGCGCUAACACUCGAGUUCGGAACAUGAAAUCAUCUGGUUUAUUUGAGACUCGACUCGUUUCUGGACAAAUUAAACCAAACUUUUCUCUCUGGGCUCUUUUUCUUAUUUUUUUUCUUCUUCUGUUGUGUUCGUAGAACCUUCCAGCGUAGGAGCAGUUUUUGAACUAGACGACCGGUUUGGUCUUUUCCCGCCCUGCACUCUGUUCUCAGAUCAGCUGACCAGUGUGUUCGGAGUCUUUCAGCUUCUGUCGGGUCAGUUUUUAGACGUUGAAGACGGACAGCUGGUCAUCUAUAGACAUUAGACUUGUUUUCUUCUAUGAAAAGAAACUUGAUGUGUUUAUUAAUAUAAAUAUGAAACUGAUGUUUUUCGUCUUUGUUUUAGCUAAAAGUUUUGUUUGUUUUUUGACUUGUGUUCCCAACAAAUACUUGAAUUUCUUAAAAAAAAUGUUUAGAGUUAAAGUAGUGAAUGAUGAAUAAAUAAAUGGACACUGGAUAAUA